AUGGAGAAGUUGUGCAUCAAAGAGAAGCAGCUCCAGCCCAGUCGGUCUGUCUUCCACGGCAUUGUGCAUGGCCUUUCCUGCUCACCAAUUGGCAAGAUCAAGAUAGACGUCCUCUUCGGGGACAAAGAUCAGUUCCGCUGCGAAGCAAUUUGGUUCGAGGUGGUUGACCUGGAGAGCCCUUAUCAUGCACUGGUUGGCCGACCUACUCUGGCCAAGAUCAUGGAUGUACCAUACUACGCCUACCUCAAGAUGAAGAUGCCAGGAACCAAGGGUAUUAUCACCGUGUCUGGAGAUUACAAGAAUUCGGCCACCUGUGCUGCUGCCAGCAGCCGGCUGGCCGAGUCCCUUGUAAUUGCUGCCGAGAGGAAGCUCCUUGACCGGGUUGUGGCUAUGGCCCCCAAGCAGCCGAACCUGUCGCCAGAUCCCAAGGAGUCGGAAACUCAGGGCUCCUUCUAG